UUGUGUUAGUUAACGUGAAAAUGGAAAAAAAGAUGAAGUGUGUGCUCAUAUUACUCCUCUGCUGUCAUGUUGGAUCUCCAGUAAAACACUCCCUGAAAUAUUUCAUCACUGAAACCCCUGGAGCUCAGAGCAUCCCAGAGUUUGUUGCUGUUGCAUUUGUUGAUGAAGUUCAGAUAGGUGACUUCAACAGUGUAAGAGGAGCAAAACCAAAGAAAGACUGGAUUAAAUUCUUUGAGGAUCAUCCUGAGCACCUGGAGUGGUAUAGUUUACAGUCUCAUGAAAGUCAUCACUUCUUGAAGGCUACCAUUGAGACUUUGAGGCAACGUUUAAACCAAACUGAUGGUGUUCAUAUUUUGCAAAAGUUGGAUGGCUGUGAAUGGGAUGAUGAGACUGGAGAGGUUAAUGGGUUCAAUCAGUACGGUUAUGAUGGAGAAGAUUUUCUAGCAUUUGACCUGCAGACAAUGACAUGGAUCACUGCAAAACCACAUGCUGUCACCACCAAAAUGAUAUGGGAUGCUGAUAAAGCUCGAUUGGAAUCAAAUAAAAACUUCAUAGUUCAUCAGUGCCUUGAGUUUUUAAAGAAGUAUUUGCAGAAGAGCUUUCUGCAGGCAACAGUCCUACCUUCAGUGUCUCUCCUCCAGAAGUCUUCCUCCUUUCUGAUCAGCUGCCACGCUACAGGUUUCUUCCCCAACAGAGGUAUGAUGUUCUGGAGGAAAGAUGGAGAGGAGCUUCAUGAAGGUGUGGAUCCAGGAGAGAUCCUCCCCAACAAUGAUGGGACCUUCCAGAUGAGUGUUGAUCUGAAACUUUCAUCAGUCACACCUGAAGACUGGCAGAGGUACGACUGUGUAUUUCAGCUCUCUGGUGUGAACGAGGACAUUAUCAACAAACUGGACAAAACAGUGAUCAGGACCAACUGGGAGAAGCCCACUGACGCUGUGACCUUCAUCAGUGCUGCAGUGGUUGUUCUAACUGUCACCAUCAUCACAGCUGUGGCAUUUGUAACUUACAAAAUGAAGAAAGAUUUGACAACCGUGAAAUCAGAGCUGGUCGACGUGAAAGAGACAAACUUGCUGCAAUCAGAGAUGUAUGGGAUAAAUGGGUGGAAAUUCUACCUUGUUGUACAACCCUGGUCCCCCAUCAACGUUACUAUUGAUGAGUGCCUUGUCCCAUUCAGGGGUCACUGUCGAUUCCAACAUUAUAUGCCCAACGAGGCGGCCAAGUAUGGCAUCAAAAUAUGA